CUUCGAAGUGAGAUCGAUUCUAUCUAUAUAGUCAAUAUGCACUGCUCUGCUAUCGCCUUGGGCCUGCUAGCCACCUUGGCCGUCAGUGCGCCCAUCCAAGACGCCAGUGUUGCCAAGCGGGGCGAGGAUCUGGGUAUCUACCGGGAUGUUGACCUGUACCUCGACUCAGUGGAGAAGCGGGACGAGCAGCUCUAUCCCAUCCGGGUCUAUAAGACGGUUGAGAAGCGGGGCGAUGACAUGGUCCACGCGGACGCUGUGCACGAGCUGAACACCGCCGAGAAGCGCGCGGAGGAGAUCAUUUACCGCGAUCCCUUCGAGAUUCUCACCACUCGGGAGAAGCGGGACGAGCAGCUCUAUCCAAUCCGGGUCUACGAGACGGUGGAGAAGCGGGGCGAUGACAUGGUCUACGCGGACACUGUGCACGAGCUGAACACGGCCGAGAAGCGCGGAGAGGAGAUCAUCUACCGCGACCCUUUUGAGAUCCUCACCACGCGGGAGAAGCGGGACGAGGAUGGGACUCUCUACCGGGACGCCAAGCUGCUCUUGACUAGCGUCGAGAAGCGUGAUGGCGAGAUCAUCUACUACGAUGCCAAGCUCAUUCUGACCAGUGCUGAGUAGUGUGUGGGCCCAUCUCGAG